AUGAAUGAUAGCAUUUAUGAGCAUUCGCCAAAUUCGAUGAGAUUAAACAACAGUUCCAGUUCAGCAUCGGUUGCGUCACGUCUCUAUACAAACGGUACACGUGGAUUACAACGUGGAAGCUUUGGCAGUGAACCGGAACUGAUGAGUUUUAGUGAUAAUGAAACAUCCAUUCAUGAGCUGAACGAAAUUUGUAGUCAGGUGUCAUCACUUUCCAAGAAAGUUAACGAUUUAGAAGAGGAACGGAUGAGUUCAGGUGAGGAGAGGGCACGAUUACGAGCUGAUAAUGCCGUACUUACCGAACGUGUACAUAUUUUGGAAGAGCAAUUACAGGCUGCUGAACAGAGGUGGAAGGAAAAACUGAUGGAAGAAAAAAGUCGAAAUCGAGAUAUUAUAUCAAGGAUGGAACGUGAAAAGCAAUUAGAAAUAGAAAGUGCCGCUUUAAAAUAUCAGGUGCUAGAAAAGGAUUGUGCUGGAAUGAGGAAAGAGAAAGAUAAAAUGCAAAAUGAUAUGCUUCAUUUGCAACUUAGUCUGGAAAGUGCAAGGGAUCAAUUGAUUGAAGCAAACGCAAUGUGUGAAACAUUAGAAGAAGCACGAAUUAAAAUUGAAAGAGAUUUCAAAAGGUUUCGCGAAGAAGCACAACAAGACAUCGAUAGUAGUUCAGAGUUAGUAGAAGAACUUUCGCGACAAACGGAUGAAUUAAGACGACAAAAAAAUGAAACUUUGCCAAGAGCAUCAAUUACUGAACAGAUAAUAUCGCUGGAAAAUGAAAUGAAUCGUUAUCGGAAAGAGAACAAAGAGUUAAAACGACAAAAUGAAGAUUUACAAGCACAAUUAAUUCAUGAUUCCAUUGAAGCUGGUCAAAAUUUGCUCAAAAAUUUUGACGAUGAUCCGAGGCCAUCAUUAGCGGAAGAAUUAAGCGGCAAAGAUUCCACCGAGCUAAUGAAUGCAUUAAAAGAGCAAGAAGUGUGCAAUCAAAAAUUACGAAAUUAUAUUAAUGGUAUAUUAAUGCGGGUUAUCGAAUUACAUCCUGAAAUUUUGGAAAUUAAAGAGAAAGAUGAGAAGGAAUUGUCAGAUAG